AUGAACGGCCAAGGAGCCGGCGGAUUUGGCGGCGUAAGAAUGGGCGGAGGAGUAGCUGGGGGCGGCGGAGGAGCAGGAGGGGGAAUGCCGGGAGGGCAGGAGAAUAGUAGGCUCUCGCAGAUUGUGCUACACGAGCUCAAGUCGAAAUGGAACCCACAGGGGUGGCAGCAAGAGAUGACGCCUAACGAGCGUGCGAAUACUAUCCUUCAAAUCGCCUCGUCAUUACGACUGGUACGGACCGACGUAGAGCAAGAACACGCUAUAAAGAUCGCAACAACCUUCGAACAGGCAACAUAUGAUAAAGCAGUAGAUAAGAUCCGGGAAUCGAGACGGAGACAGAUGGCUGCCGAAGAACUGAAGAUGCGAAACAACCAGCCAGGGAUGCCAUUUAAUCCUCUGCAAAAGAUUCCGGGCAUGCCAGACGGACAGCAGUUGACCAUUCAGCAACAGCAGCAGAUCCUACAGCAGCGUCAGCAGCAGGCCCAGCAACAGCAAGCCCAACAAGCCCAGCAACUUCACCAGCAGCAGCAGGGCCACAGCCUCCAGCAGCAGCAGCAGCUUCAGCAGCUUCAGCAGCAACAGGCCCAGCAACAACAGAUCCAGCAACAGAUUCAACAGCAGCAACAGGUGCAACAACAGCAGCAGCUGCAGUUGCAGCAAGCUCAGCAACAGCAGCAACAGGGCAUGAUGCUUGGGCUGCAGCAGCAGCAGCAACAGCAGCAGCAGCGCCCCCCAAUUAAUCCUCAACUGGCAGACCAGAAUCGCAUAAUAAGUAAUUUGAUGGCCUCAAUAGCCCAGAAAGUGGGUGCGGCCAUGUUAUCAAAUAUGAACCAAAACCCGAAUCCGGACAUCCGAGAGCUUGCCGCAAAGUGGAAUAUGGAACCGGCCCAGGCUUUUCUGAGGCAGCAGGCCAUGAAUCUCUAUAGGCAGAAAAUGUUGCAGGAUCGACAGCAGCAACAGCAGCAACAGCAGCAACAACAACAGCAGAUGGCCCAAGGUGCCGCAGGGCAACAGGCCCGGCCAAUGCCCGCCAAUCUUAUGCCUGGGGGGGUAGCGCAAGUGAUGAGGAAUCCAUCCCUCCUCACCACCGCAGAGAGCUACCAAGCCCAACAGGCCGACGCAAAGCAGAGGGCGGAUACCGGCGAUGAAGUUGUCCCGGUCUCACAAAACAAUCCCCAGUUUUCCGCUGGUCCUGGUAUGAGGAAUUCUAGUCCGCAGACACAAGCGCAGGCGCAGGCACAGGCAGAGCAACUAAGACGGAAUGCUGCAUUGCAAAAUGCCCGCUUACAGGCUGCGCAGUUUCAAGGUUCUCCGGGACAAACGCUCCAGAACGUUGGUGUGGGCGUGGGACAAGCAGCGAAGGCUCCUAGUGCGUCCCCAAACCAGGGUAACGCGCCUGGCCUUCAGCGCACACCUAACCCAGCCGCCCAGCAACCAGGCCAUCCACAGCAGUUUCCCAUGCAGCCACUUAUGAACCAGCAGCGGCCUACCAUGGUUGGUCCAGGAGCUAUUCCCGAAGGUGGAAAAGCCCAGCAGCCCAACUUUCAGCCACCGGUCGGUGCUAUGUCACGACCAGGCCAACCUGCUCAACAAAUGCCAGGAUCCCAGCCUCAGAUGCAACAAAUGGCACAAAACCCUGCGCAGCAAGGGCCAGCUCAACAGCCAACUGGUGUUCCGCCUGCAGCAAAUGCGCAGGCUAAGGUCCCAGGCAUACCAGUUCUCAAUCCGGAUAUGGUCUUGACCGAUGAGCGGGUGGCUCUGAUGGAUACUAAGCCGUUUCCAAGACCCAUGUUAGGACAGCUAGGUAACUCAAUCCCUGCACAGUACACAACAUGGGGUCAAGUCAAAAAUUAUCUCACGUUGGCCAAUGCUCCUCCACAUUAUAUUGAGUCUAUACGGACGAAGCAAGCUCAGCACUACCAGAUGAUAGUCAGAGCCCAGAUGGUAAAGAGAUUACAACAACAGCAGCAGCAGGCUCAAGGCGCUUCUCAGCAGCAGCCAGGCCAGCAGCAGGUCCCACAGCAGGCUCAGCAGCAGCAGGCUCAACAAGCCCAGCAAGCUCAACACGCUCAGUUCCAACUUCAACAACUUCAGCAACAGCAGCUCCAACAGCAACAGCUCCAGCAGCAGCAGCAACAAGCGCAGAAACAACACGUGCAGCAGCAAAUCCAGGCGCAACAGGCUCAGAUGCAAGCCCACAUCCAGGCACAGAUGCGGCAGCAACAACAGCAGCAGCAGCAGCAGCAGCAACAACAACAACAACAGCAGCAGCAGCAGCAACAGCAGCAGCUUCCUAUAUCUCAGCCUCCCCAAUCCCAGGGCGCCCCCACUGUUCCAGCUGUUGCGCAGAAGCCUUCUGCCCCACAUCCAGCGGGCCAAACUCCUGUCCAGCACCCACUUGCCGGUAUGACGAUGGCCCAAUUUCAACAACUCCAAAUAUUAGCUCAGCAAGGAAAACUUAACCCUCAGCAAAGCCAACAGCUUUUUGCCAUCAGACAACAUCAGGAACGUAGGAUGAUGGCACAAAGGGCGGCGGCAGCGCAGCAGAAUGCUGCUCCCCAGGCGCCUGCUCCACAGCCGCCUGCUGUUGCUCGACCUAUGCAAUCAGCCGGUUCUGACUCGCCGUCGGCUGCAAAGAAGUUGAAAAGGGAAAGGGAUACGAGCGAAGAAGUUGUUCUUCUUGAUCAACGACCGGCGCCGCAACAGACCAACCAACAACUUCCUGUUGCACGUACAGUCCAGCAGUCUCCCCAGCAGUCACAGUUUGCAAACCCGGCAGUACAGGGACAGAGACCAAACGCUGCCCCUUCGUCAACACAGCAAUCUCCCACUGUGAAACAGAAUCCUGAUCAACAGCAGUUAGAUGCGAAGCAUGCUAUGGAACAGAAAACUAUGAUCGCCAAUCUUACCAAAAUGCUCAUGGAUGAAAGGGGUAGUCACGAGGGCCGGCCGAUACUAGCACUUCAGAAAGAGGAGAAGGAACGCCUUCGCCAGCAGCUGUGUGAAGUAAAUACAAAGAGCAUGAUACAGCGUAUGACGCAGUUGUUGCCGAUGUUUGUUUUGUUGGGUGGAAAAGCUGUUGACACGAGGUCGCUGAUAAAAACGAAAAACUUGCUUACAUCGCAAUAUCAACAAAACGGGGAGCCUAAAGAAGCUUUUACCAUCAACAUGGCACAACUGGCCGAAGCGAGGGCGUCUUUGGCUAAGUGUUUUGGUUUCGUGAAACAGAACAUGGCACAAUUGGUGAGCAGGGACGAGAAAAAGGCAAAGGAUCUUCAAAUCGAGGCACAUAGAUUUACUAUUCCUAUUCCUAAUUUGACGCUUACCGGACCUGGACCUCCAAGCCAGCAAGCUCAACAGCAAGCUCAACAGCAGGCCCAACAGCAGGCCCAACAACAGGCCCAACAGCAGGCCCAGCAACACGCUCAGCAACUGCAGCUUCAACAACUCCAACAACAGCAGCAGUUACAGCAACAGCAACAGUUGCAGCAGCAGCAAAGGCAGCAGCAGGCUCAGCAGCAGCAGCAAAGGCAGCAACAGCAGGCCCAGCAGCAGGCCCAGCAGCAGGCCCAGCAGCAGGCCCAGCAGCAACAGCAGCAGCCAGCUCAUCCUCAGCCACAAAUGCAGGGCCGGGCACAGCUUCAGGUUCCUAACCCCCAGUCCCCGCCAAACCCCCUUAGUGCUAGCAAUCUUGAGCAACACACCCAAAAGUUAGCGCUAGAAAGAUCGCGAUCUAUUCAAUCGCAGAAAACCCAACAAAUAACCGGGCAAGCCAAUCCACUAGGAUCAAUGUCACCAGACGGAAGCCCGCCGACAAUGAUUCCAGGAAAGUUUGGUCCUGAAGAUCUGAAGCUUCCUAUCCGAAAGAAGAGACAGCGGGAGGUUGAGCCAGAGGCCAUAAAGGUGAAAGAGGCCCCGAAGUUGCUUCACAAAUGUCCCCUGGUGAAUUGCGGUAGUGGUGUGAAGGAAUUCGAAACAAAGGAAGAGCUGGAGGAGCACCAGAAGUGGCAUGAAAGGGAAAGGCAAAGAUUAGUGGAGGAAGAGAGAAGGAACAAGCAUAAGAUAGAGAACCCACUAGGUUACCUUUUGAGUUCGGCCCGGGAAGCUUUAUGUCUCGAUAGCGAUGGAAAGCCCAAAGGAAGACCUGAUGAGAUCAUGAAGGAUGAUAUGCCGACGAAAGCUGCUUCAACGCCGCAGAUCAAGCCCGGAUCAACACCGCUUCUUAGCACAACGCCCAUUAAUAGAGGUUCCGGGCUCACUCCUGCUCCUGCAAGGUCUCCAGCUGCACUCAAGACACCACAAUUGUCUAACGCCAAGACGCCGGGCGGAAAACCUACCCCGAAUUCUAAAUCUCAGCUAAAGGAAGGGAAUGCAAACGAACAACUUCCUACUCCCCCAAGCACCAAUCCAUGGGAGAGCUCUUCUAUGUCUCCGGAUGUGGUAGGGCAGUGCUUUGGCGGUGUCCGGGAGGGGGUUUUAUAUCUGUCAACUAUGAACCCUGCCAUUGUUACCCCCGCAUACACCCCGGGGUCGUCUGGUCCUGAAGGUUUUGAGGGAGUUAUUGAAGGCAUGGGUGGAAGUUUUGAGGAUUGGAACCACUUUGGGGACGGGGCCAAUAUGGUAGACGAUUUGUUGCAGGAAGUGGAGUGGGAUAACGAUCCGUCUUUUAGCAGCAUCGAUUUGGGUGGUAGGAAUUGGGCUAUGGCGAAUGGGUUUGAACUGAGGGUUUAA